AUGGCAGCGGAGAAGUGGCAUUACAAUGUGGUGUCGCUGCUCUCCGGAACGGAGAGGGACUUUCUCAUCCGUAACAAUGGCGAGAAGGUAGCCAUCAGCAGUCUUGACGGGAAAAAGUUUGGUCUCUUCUUGUCGGACAACUGUUACGAAAGAAUCGUCACUGAUGAUCUGAUCAAAGUAUACAAUCAGCUGUCCUCGGAGGGCCGCGAUUUCGAGAUUGUCUUCGUGUCAUGUGAUUCAUGCGAGGAGACCUUCAAUAGGUACUUCUCAGAUAUGCCAUGGUUGGCAGUCCCAUUUGCGGACUCCGACACACGCGAAAGGCUACAUGAUCAUUUCGGCAGUUUCGAGGAGUAUUAUCCCGCUCAGCUUGUCAUCUAUGAUGCCGCUAUUGGCAUGGUCGUUAACGAAGAAGGUCUCCGAGCUGUGGCAAAAUAUGGUGUAAACGGGUAUCCAUUUACUGUUAAGAGGUUCUACGAGUUGGAGGCGGCUGCUAAGAAGGAACGGAGUCUUCGAAGUCUGUUGGUUUCGCAGUCCCGGGACUACUUGAUCUCCAAUGAUGGAUCCAAGGUAAUCGAUGAUCUCCUUGUAGGAAGAGAAUUAAACUACAUUCUUGAUCCGCCAGCUUACUACCACCAUCUAAUCUACGCUAAAUUGAAGCAGGUUGCCGUGUCGGAUCUCGAAGGAAAGAUUGUGGCUUUUUACUUCUGGAUUAAUAUUCCUGAUAAAUACGGCGGUCCCGAUAAGUUGACUCUGGUGCUGGCUGAAAUCUAUAGGAAGCUUAAGGAAGCCGGGGAGAGCUUCGAAGUUGUGCUGGUGCCAUUAGAGGAUAAUAAAUCAUCCUAUGAACAAGGCCUGGCAAGCAUGCCAUGGCUCGCGAUUCCUUUCGAAGACGAGGGCUGUGAGAAGCUUGUCCGCUACUUUGAGCUCUGGCCCUUCCAAUUACCAACCGUGCUUGUGAUCGGUGCCGAUGGGAAGAUUAUGCUUAAAAAUUACGAUAGGCUCAUCUCCAAGUAUGGAGUUUUAGCAUGGGAAGCAUUCCCGUUCUCUAAGGAGCAACUGGAUUUAUUGCCAGAGAAGGCAAAGGCCGCACAAACACUGGAAUCUCUUCUUGUUGCUGGGGACCUCGAUUAUGUCAUUGGGAAAGAAGGCUUGAAGGUUCCAGUGAAGGAGCUUGUUGGCAAGACCAUCCUCUUCUUCUUUGCUAUGAUUGAAUCGUUUCAAUGCCAGAAAUUUCUUCCCAUGCUGAUCGAGGCAUAUCACAAGAUCAAGCGCAUGGACAGUGCUUUCGAGGUGAUCUUCGUCCGUAUGGGCUAUAUGGAUUCGGGUGCUUUCGAGUUCUUCUUACGCAUGCCUUGGUUGGCGGUGCCGGUGGAUGAUGAGAGAAUAGGAUCGUUGAAGAACAGUUUAGAAGCUCAUUACGUCAACACCCUGGUUGUCAUUGGUCCUACAGGUCAAACGAUCACAGAGAACGCCGCAACUUCGUUGAAGAUGUAUGGAGCCGAUGCCUACCCGUUCAGUGAAGAGAGGAUCAAGGAGGUAGAGAUGGCACAGACACUGGAAUCUCUUCUUGUUGCUGGGGACCUCGAUUAUGUUAUUGGGAAAGAAGGGUUGAAGGUUCCGGUGAAGGAGCUCGUUGGCAAGACCAUCCUCCUCUUCUUCUCGAUUCGUAGGUCCGGUACAUGUCGCGGAUUUGUUCCCCAUCUGAUCGAGGAGUAUCACAAGAUCAAGCGCAUGGAUAGUGCUUUCGAGGUGGUCAACAUCUCGAUGGACAAAGAUCAGGAUUCCUUUGAUCAGUUUUUCUCUGGCAUGCCAUGGUUGUCGCUGCCGUUCGGUGAUGAGAGGAAGAAAUCUUUGGAACGCACUUUCGGAGUCGAUAUCCCCUACCCCUCCCUGGUUGCCAUUGGUCCUACAGGUCGAACUAUCACAAGGAACGCCAUGUAUUCGUUGGCGACCCAUGGAGCCGAUGCCUACCCGUUCAGCGAAGAGAGGAUCAAGGAGUUGGACCAGAAGAUAGACGAGAUGGCAAAGGGAUGGCCUGAGAAGAGGAAGCAUGAGCAACACAAGCAUGGGAAGUUGGAGUGGAGCUGCCUGCACGGCCUGUAUAGGUGUGGUGACUGCCACAAGAUUGGAAGUGGAUGGUGCUACUUGUGCUCCAUGUGCGGUUUCGGUCUCCACCCCAAAUGUGCACCGAAGGAGGAGAAGAAGGAGGAGGAAGAACAUGAUGAAGGAUCUGAGUGUGAUGGAGAGGUUUACAACGAUUUCGAAGAUUCUGAAGAUUCCGAAGAUUAUGAAGAUUCUGAAGAUUCUGAAUAA